UGAGUUUAUGAAUUUAUGAGAUUUCAACUUAAAAAAAGGCAAUUGUUUUGGCGAACAUGCUCUUCGUUCAUGUCUUGUUAAGACGUAAAUAUAGUACCACUGCACCCACACAAAGAAAUGGCCAUGCAACUCAGGGUCAAUUGACCCACCGACUGUUCUUCCAACUCUCUCAACGCGUAUCGUAAUUAUUUACAGCAUAUAAAUCCUAAAAAGCCCCGUUUAAUGCUACACUCUUAGAUCCCAUUCCAAUACGGCCGCUAUUCUUCCUUUCACACACACUGAGAGAGAGAUGGGCAGGAGAUCUGGAGCUUGCUUGAGAUGUUGUUUGCUGAUAUUUGCGAUGGUGUCUGCACUUUGUGUAUCUGGGCCUGCUUUUUAUUGGAAAUUCAAGAAGAGUCUGGCAUUGGAAGGCGUUUCGGCUUCUUGUACUCCUUGCAUCUGCGAUUGUCCAUCUCCUCAAUCCCUUCUUCAGAUUGCCCCUGGUUUGGCUAAUCUUUCUGUCCCUGAUUGCGGAAAAGAUGAUCCUGAUCUGAAGGAAGAGAUGGAGAAGCAGUUUGUGGACUUGUUAUCAGAAGAACUCAAACUGCAAGAAACUGUCAGCGAAGAGCACUCCCAACGAAUGAACAUCACAUUUGGGGAGGCUAAAAGACUGGCAUCCCAAUACCAGAGGGAGGCCGAGAAAUGCAAUACUGCCACAGAAACGUGUGAGGCAGCCAGAGAACGAGCUGUGGCACUGCUCACUAGGGAGAAAAAGGUAACUAUUUUGUGGGAACAAAGAGCUCGACAACUCGGUUGGGAAGGGGAAUAGUUACAACUAACUACUUAAUUUCUGAUGCUCUAUAUGAAACCUAUAUAUGCUCAAAACUUAAAAUUUUUUACUAAA